AAAUCUCACCCGGCAGCAGCAUCAUAAUGUGCUCAACUUAUUUCAUCAAAAAAAGUUGAUGCACAAAAUAAAAAUAAGUAACAGAAAAUUUCGGUAUUAUUUUCUCACUCGAGAAAACCACCCCCACACCGAAGAAACACGACAAGGAUGACCUCGCCAGGUCACCUGCUCGCCCAAUGCACCCCAAUCACAUCUCUCGCUCUGUUGGAAAACUGCUCCGUCGUUGCGGCGGAAGGUCCCUCCAUCGUAAUUCUGACCAUUCACAAUGAACAUCGUCCAAUUGUUAAGAAAAAGUGUCAACCCCCCACAUUUCAACUGUUCCCGAACCAUGUCGCCAUUUCCGGUCUCUGCUUUUACAAGGAUUUUGGCUCCUGGGGUGAAUCUAAGGGGGUCGUAUGGGCACAUAAUUCGGUCACUCUGGUCAGAAUUGACUUGGAUUUAGCUACGGUUAUGACGCCAAGGUCAGCCAUUGUGAACUUGGACUUUAUUCCGAUUGCGGCGAGAUGGUUGGACGAUGGCGAAACUCUCGCAAUGGUGACACUCCUCAACGGCCUAGUCCUGUUCAAAGUUCUGGCCGAGGAAGGAACAGGAAUAUUAAGCAUGACCGAGAUUGGGCGAUGGGGAUCUGAAGCGGAAACGCUCUACUGCGCCACGACUGCGGGAAAGAGUUUAGAAUCGCUGGUCAUAUUUGCGGGGACGACUCUGAAAGGAAUUCUUGUCUGGAGGCCGGAUCCGAAUGGAAAAACGGGUAUUGUACUCCAUCGACUAGAAGGUCACUCAGGGAUUCCAUUUUCACUCUGUUUCAACGAGAGGUGGAAUUUCCUCUUGUCCACGUCGGACGACAGGACGGUAAAAGUGUGGACUUUCUCGACAAGAAAAAAUAUCAGUCUCGACUGGGCAGAUAAGAUGAUUGCUAAGGCAAAGUUAAUGGCUGAGAUGAAAGCGGUGUCCAUAAAACCAAAGGGUCAGAGUAGCGCUGAACAAGGUGGUGAGGGAGACAAAGCGGAAGUUGAGCCAGCUAGGGAACCACCGGCCGAAGAAGAACCAGAAACGCCUAAACACUGGCUGCCCCCUUUAGUCCAAGUACAAAGAACAAUGACAGGACACGAGUCACGUGUUUGGAACGCGAUUUGGGUUACUUUUGAGGGAUUCUUGUUCACGAUUUCGGUCGGAGAGGACUCUUACAUCCGUGUCGACAGCUAUGAUGAGACCGUCUCAAAGAACUGGCGAGGUCAUGAUGGUGCUCCAAUUUACAGUUGUGUUCACGACGAUCGCUACAAUCUUCUCUACACCGGAGGACACGAUGGUGCGGUUAACAUUUGGCGAGAUUUUGCCUACCAGAACAAACCAAAGCUCAUCCUCCGGGAUAGGCUCACCCCUUGCAUAAUGACGGCACAUUUGGUCAUUCUUAAUAAAUAUGAGCGAUCCGUGGCGAAUAAAGAUUUUCCCCGUAAUGUAAUUGUCUGGGGGCAACACUAUCUCUUAGCGUUAAUGGAUAAGGGGCGCAUUUUGGCGUACAAUUGCACCCGCAAGUUUCAACGUGCCUGUGUCUGGUAUCAUGUUAACAUGAGGAAGACGGGCGGAGUGAUGGCCUUGUGUACAAACGAACACUUCCUCGCCUUGGGUGGGAUCAGGGGGGAAUUUUGGUUAAUGCACACUGUGGUCGAAGAUUGGUCAAAAAAUCACCAGCCGUGUCUUCCGGAGGCAUUCAUUUGCACUAAUGUCUUCGAACAUCAAUUCGAGUCCAAAAUUAUUAACAUUCAUUGGGUCCCGGGGGGAAUGACUUGCAUUAUAGUCACUCUGGGCACAGCUUAUGUACUUCAAUUCUACCGUCAUCUAAAACCUGGUGUCACCCGUGAAAGUCCAAAACUUGGUCAAGAACUCUUUGAUCCAAAAACAACAAGGGUUAGCGGGAAAUACUUCAUAAAAUACGACCUGACCUCGCUGACCCGCCCCGGGCUGCCUGCCGUUCUCAUGACCACUCCCAAUUUUGACUGGUGUCUUGGUGGAGAUGAAGAGGGAAACAUUCACGUCUGGUAUGGAGAUCCUAAAGACAAGAGGCAAAAGCAUAGAGAGGAUUUCAAUGCGGGGUUGUUAACAACUCCCGAACAAAUUCAUUGUGGGCCGCCUGUUAAGAGUUUGUCUAUGCUGAAAGAUGUACACAAGGAGGGUGUUACAUGCCUGGUGGAGUACAACGGGUGGAUAUUGAGUGGAGGGAAGCACGGCGGGGUCAAAAAGUUAAAACUGGAGGUUGAUGAGGCCACAGGUAUUCCAAAGUUGACGCAAAUACAACAGUUCUUUCCCCCCUUUCCGUGGGUGGCGAGUAUGGUGGUGACCAUGGCUGGGAAGGAGUUAAUUGUGGCAGGAUUUCAUAAGGGCAGCUUUCUCCUCUACAGUUGGGAACAGAAACGUAUCCUGAAUGAGAUCACGGACGUUGGAGGUGGUCAUAGGCGAUGGUCUUGGCGAAGCGAUAACGGUGGGAAUGCUACUAUGGCAUUCAUGCGGGAUCGGGAGCUCUAUUUUUGUCCAAUUACGUUGAGAAAUUCGAUAGAAUCGGUGCUCAAGCCCGGUCUACACACUAGAACCAUAAACUGUGGCAUCCUCUUGGGAACGAUGGACCACAACAAGGAUGAGUAUUACUACCUCGCGACCGGAAGUGAGGAUGGGACAAUCCGUAUCGUAUCAUAUUACACAGUUGGUCACGUGUUCGAAACUAUCCACCGCAUCACGACACAUUCUUCUAGUGUGAGGACAAUAGUUGCUAUACGGCUGGGAGACGAUGAUAAUUCCGUCCUUUUGUGGUCGGGAGGGGGAAGAUCAGAAAUAAAUGCCACUAUUUUUUGUCUCAACUCUAAGGACGCAGAAUGUCGCCCUGUCGGACACAUCGUCCUGGUCGGAUCAGGGAGGAAGAAGCUGAACAAGGCGGAUGAGACUGACAUUAGAGUUAUGGACCUUGCUCUGCUCCCUCGUCAAGAUAAGAACAAUUUCCUCCUUGGCGCUGCAUGCUCUGAUGGCCUACUCCGCAUCAUUUCCCACUCUUUGAGUGAAGGGAGAUUCGAAAUUUUGACUAUUUUGGAAGGGAAUGGCCACGCCUUAUUGACUGUCCACCUCACAGAGUUAAAUGAAAUCAGAACUGUGUUUGGAGGAUGUUCCAACGGGGAUUUGAUGUUGUGGCGGCUUCCCAAAGUAGUAAAUAGUGGGGACGAUGGCGAUGAUGAUGUUAUCCUAAUUUCCACCGAGAAGAUGACUCCCUCAUUCCAACAGCAAGUCAGGACAUGUGCCGUGAUGAGUAUGGCGAUCAAAGGGUCAAGGAAUGACGACGGCAGUAUCGACAUUGUUCUCGGGGGUGACGACUGUUCAGUGUCAUUAUGGAGGCUGACAAACUUUGAUUUGGAACCGAAAUUGAACCUAGUUUGGAGUCAUGAUGGAGAACAACGGGGCGCCGUGGCGGGCGUGGCUUGGGGGAAGGGACUAGAAGACGUGAUAUUUAGUUGCUCAAAUGACCAAGUGGUAUCAAGGUGGGGGGUAGAAAGUGGGGACGUACUGGGAACCGCGAUGAGUGGGGUGAAGGACUGUCAAGGAUUCGUCUUAUCACCAGAGGACGAUAUUUUGAUGUGUUAUGGGACUGGCGUCAGUUGGAUUACGUCGCCUUGAUUAAAAGUUGUUGUUAGUUUAACUAAAUAUUUAUACUUACAAAUGGAAUAUUUUGUAUAUAAAUUUUCCACUAAAUUUCCCCUGUUUACUAAAAUUUUAUACCUGAUUAGCUAUGCCAUGCCUUACAAAUUUGUCGCAUAUUUAAGAUCUAGUUCUUUCUAUGCAUAAUUACGGUGCUUUAUAAACAAAGUAAUACUAAUUAAUUAUGAAUUAGUGUAUGGAUUUCUAUAAUGCCUUAUUUUUUAAGCAAGAAUAAAUCCGAGACUGAUUUCAAA